AUGUCAUCUGUGCUGAGUUCAUUGCUCACAUUCGUAUGUUUUCAUUUAUGCACCGCCCAACCAAGGCGCACCCACCCAAUCGAACUAACCAUCAACUCGGGAUCUAUCAGAGGCGAAUACCUAGUACGUUUACCUAUAGUCCAUUGUACUAUAACAUACAUGUAAAAUUACAUAUAUAAGCUAUAAUAACUAAAAGGUGACAUUAAUUUCGAUGUGAUUUUAUCUAUAGUUAGCCUAAGUACCAAGUAAAGUCAAAUGUGAAACGCCAAGCUAAUUUUAAACUAAUCUCGAGCACUUUCAGACAAUCGGAGCCAAUGACUUUGCAGUAUUCAAAGGCAUUCCUUAUGCCGCGCCACCCGUAGGCUCUCUGCGGUUCCAAGUGAGUUAAGAGUUUAGAUCUACAACAUAUACACUACAUAUUACGUAGUAGGAAUAUACAGAUUAAGAUAAGAAAGAAGCCAAAUUUUGCCCUCGCAAAUAUAAACUACUAUUUAUGAAAAUUUAAAAUUAACAUAACAACCCUAAUACAAGAUACUUCCAGAAACCCGACCCUCCGGCCCAUUGGCGCGGUGUCAUGAACGCCACACAAUAUCCUCCGAUGUGCGCCCAGCUGCCCCGAUCCCGGUCCACAGAUCCCCAGAACCUGUACAAGAUUCAUAUAUCAGAAGACUGCCUGUAUCUGAACGUAUUCGCGCCUCCACUGUUCACUAAUGACACAUAUCCAGUGAUCGUCUGGCUUCACGGAGGCAACUUUCAGUCGGGAUCGGCCAGCGAUUACCCUCAAGAUGCCAUCCUUAACAACUUUGUUUCUAGGAAAAUCAUUUUUGUUUCUGUUAAUUAUCGAUUAGGACCGAUAGGUGAGUCUCUUCAAGUUAUAGUGACAUUACUUUCAAUAAGAAACAUCAAAACUAUAGAACGAGACUAAAACAAUAUAAUCCAUAUCAGUCCCUGCAAAAAACUACGCUCAAAGAUGAUUUACUCAAUAAUGUGUUCGGCCUAACCCUUGACCUCAUUUCAGGAUUCAUAGCAACUGGCGACAGUACGAUUCCGGGUAACAAUGGCCUCUGGGACCAGAUCCUGGCCUUACAAUGGGUCAAAGAGAACGCGGUCGUAUUCGGCGGAGAUCCCAACAAUAUCAUGCUAAUGGGUCAAGGAUCAGGAGCCGCGUGUGCCUCGCUGUUGGCGCUCUCCCCGCGGGCGGUGGGAUUGUUUCACAAAGUUGUACUAUUAAGUGGAACAGCCAUCAGCCCGGGUGUAGUCAGGGAAUCAGCUGUAGCAGCUACAUUAGCGUUAGAUACGAAGCUACAUUGUAGAUCGUUCAAUUCCUCACAAAUGCUGGAUUGCUUCAAGAAACAGCUCAAAGAUGAGAUUCUGGACACAGAAGUAAGACAACAUUUUGAAAUUAGAAUAAAAUAGAAUAAAAGACCAAAAAUAAGUAAAAAACAUUAAUUUAGAUAAUAAUAAUGCAUGUUUAGAGAGUACACUUUGAUGACUACGAAGAAUUCGUCCCUGUAGUUGACGGAGAAGAUGGAGUAAUACCAGAAGCUCCAGAAGUUUUGCUAGCCGACCCAAACAUACCAAAAGUGCCAAUUAUGUUAGGUACCACACAAGAUGAGAGUUCCCUUCGGCUGUGUAAGUGUUAUAAUUUUCUUCAGUAAUUAUUGUCAAAAACUUUAUCAGCAUCUCGUGAAUAUAUUGUGAUUAUUUUGCCAAAACAAGUGGUCUUUUUCGCCUAAAAAUCUCUAACAAUGACGUCACAAACUUCUGAGGCAAACUUUUCCAAACAGAUCUUGUUGUUUCCUUUUCUCUGCAGAAUCCUUUGAAUUCAGAUAUUUGGGAUUCUAGUGUCACUUCCGUGACGUCACAAACUGCAAAAGCAUUCUCUUCUGAAUAACACUUCAAUUCCAGUGAUUCUGAACGAAAAAGACGUCAACUUCACGGCGAUGGAUACACAAUUGGCGGAGGAAUUGGCCAUGAAUCUCACAAAUUCAUACACCGGAUUCUCGAAUCAUCGGCUGAUUGCAGAAGGCUGUAAACAUCAAUAUAUCUGGACUAAAAACGAUCCGUCUUCAGAACAGGAGAUACUACAGGAAUCUGUGCUAAAGGUAACUAAAACCAUAUAAAAAAUAAACGAGGACUUACCUUUUCAAAAAAAAUUGGUAACAUUUCAAAACAAUAAUAUUUUCAAUUUGAAAACGACUAUUUUACAUUACUUCAUCAAUUUAAUACAAAUGAAUGAAUUUUUCUGCGCAACUUAAUGUUAUAUUUUAACAUAACUGCUUAGCAACGUUAAUAUUAAUAUAUAAUUUUGUAAAAGACUUACAUUAUGCAACAAUACAUUCAAAAAUGUCCAUCAAACCUCCGCAUUUCCUAAAAAACUUUGCAAAAUAUAUUUUUCCGGUUUAUUCUUCCAAAAAAUGCGUCACUGAGACGCUUUUCCUGGACUAUUUCCUACAAAAUUUUGUUUCUUGAUUUGUCUAUUGUUGUUAGUUCCUUUUUUGUGUAAAAUCAUGAACGAAUAUACUUUAAAAUUACAAAGAUAAGCUUACAUCAGACUAAAUUACUUAACCUUCACUUUCAAAAUCAUAAAACAACGCUAACGUGUUGUAGAUGUACUCUCAUUUCUGGUACGAUGCUCCUGCUUCACGACUAGCCAACUACUAUUCGAAGCAAGUGCCUGUAUACAUGUACUCGUUUGAUCACGUUAGCGAGAACUUUUUGACCGACAGUAAGUUAAACAACAGUUUGGUUGAAUAAUAUGAAUUUAGGAGCUUUUCAUGGUGUAGAUGAAGUGUUUCUGUUCGAGAAGGAGCCAAGGUUUCUGGAGACAAGGAAAGAUAGGAAUUGGCAGUUGGACAAGAGAGUUACCGAGAUCUUUGCUGAACUUAUCAUCAACUUUUUGAAAUAUGAGUAAGUUUAUGAUUAGUAAUGUUGUUUUAGCUGAAAAAAGGACUUUUCUUUCUUUUUUUGAAUAUUUUUAGUUAUUGUACUUGUUUUGAACUAAAUUUUUGGACGUAAUCUAUAAUAUAUAAUAUUUAAAUUUUAGUGUCCCAACACCUGAAAACAGUGGACUGAACUUUAACUGGACCGAAAUGACCGAGAAACUGGACUUCUUGUCGAUCACUGAUACUCCAGAAAUGAAGACUGGCUUCAGAUGGCAAGGUCACGUCUUCUGGAAUUGGUAUGCUCGAGAUCUUGAUGCUGUGGAUGUUGGGAAUCUUCAGAAGAUAUCACAGUUGGAUAAACAGUUAGGGGAUUAUCAGGUAUGUUGUUUUAUUUAGUUUUAUGGGUCGAUAUGAUGCUUUUUUUGGUAAUAUACGGUGGGAAACCUGAUCCCUCUAUAAUAAUAUUGAAAAACGAGUAAGUGAGUCUCUGCAAACCACUUUUAAAAAUAUAAAGCAAAAGUAUAAACUCGAAGUUCAGCUGGCGACAUGGAUGUUGUUGUUCUGUACCUUGUUCUUCUUCGCCAUCCUCGUGGGUCUAGCUUGUUAUUGUACGAGGAAAGAGAACGACGACGAUGAUCUCUAG